GUUAGAAAUAAUUUAAACCAAUGGAGGCGCAAAGUUUACCAAAGAUAAGAGUUGUGGUCAGGAAGAGACCGUUGAAUACUAAAGAGAUUACUAAGAAAGAUAGGGAUAUACUUUCAGUGGAGGAUCCUCAAACUAUGGUGGUUCAAGAGGUUAAGCAGAAGGUAGAUCUUUCGAAGUUUAUUGAGAAGCAUACUUUCACCUUCGAUAAUGCGUUUGGAGAAGAUGCAUCUAACAAGGAAGUAUAUCAAACUUGUGUACAGCCGAUCAUCGCUGCUGCUUUUGAAGGUGCAAAAGUGAGUUGAUUUGCUUAUGGACAAACUGGAAGUGGGAAAACAUUUACCAUGAUGGGUCCAAACCCAACCGCCCCUGAACAAGAGCAUCCAGGUAUUUAUCUUCAAGCUGCUGAGGAUAUCUUUUUCUUACUGAGAGAGCCAGCAUACUCAGGAUAUACCAUCUAUUGCUCUCUCUUCGAAAUUUAUUGAGGAAAACUGCAUGAUCUCCUUAACAAAAGAAAAGAAGUGCACGCUCGUUCAGACGCUAAGGAGAGAGUCAAAAUCAUGGGACUAACAGAAGCUCCAUGAGAUACUGAUGAGGAACUUAUGCAAGUCAUAAAUUACGGUCUAACUGAAAGAACUACAGGUUCAACGGCAGCAAAUGCAGAUUCUUCCAGAUCCCAUGCAAUCAUGCAAGUUGUACUAAGAAAUGAAGCUAAUAAAAUUGUGGGAAAGAUGUCCUUCAUCGAUCUAGCUGGUAGUGAGAGAGGAGCCGACACAUCUGAGUCUAACAAGAAAACAAGACAAGAUGGAGCAGAAAUAAACAAGUCUUUAUUGGCUCUUAAAGAAUGUAUUAGAGCUUUAGACAAAGAUCAAAAGCAUACUCCAUUCAGAGGAAGCAAACUCACUCAAGUCUUAAAAGAUUCAUUUAUUGGAAAUUGUAAAACAGUGAUGAUUGCAAAUGUAUCUCCUGGAGCUUCUUGUUGUGAGAAUACACUCAACUCUUUAAGAUAUGCAGAUAGAGUGAAAGAGCUGAAAAACGAAAACAGAGACAAAAGCGAUUCACUAAUGCUGGCUAGGAAUGGUUCCCAUACGACGAAAAAGGAAAUCAAAAAGCAACACUCCUUCCAGACUACUACCAUCAAGAACAAGAACUUGCCUGUUGCUCUUCAAAGACAAGAGCCUACACCAGUUGAGCCUGAAAUUUUUUCUAAGAAAAACAAGAGAUCAAUGCGUCCUAAAACUUCUCAGGCUCCAAAAGUUCACCAAAACAAAUCACCUAGAUACAGAAACUCGAACAGAGUCGGGAAUGGACUUCAGAUUAAUUCUAAGACCAAUAAUUUGGUCGAGAUCAAUGAGAAUAUUCAGAGCAUUCAAGGCAUGAUCAAGGGUCCUUCAAGUGGAACCCAUUAUGCUACUGAGAAGAAGAUGCCUUUCGCUCGUAGAGACAGCAACAAGCAGAUGUCUCACAGAGCACCAACAUUUCAGUCGAAGAAAUCACUAACUGACAUUCAAAUGGAGGGAGAAAUAGAGCCUGAGUCUCUAGGUCUUGAGAAAAUAUGCCAUGAUCAUGAAUCCCUUGUCAACUUGAUUCUCCAAGAAGAGGAGGACCUCCUUGGCUCUCACAAAAAGUACAUAGAUGAUAUUGUAGACGGAGUCAAGAAACAGAUGGUCAUUCUUCAUGAAGUUGAUAAGCCAGGAUCUAAUAUUGAAGAAUAUAUUGGGUCUCUGGACCAAAUGCUACUGCACAACAUCUCCAUUGCUACUAAAAUCCGAAAGCAACUUAAGACCUUUGAGUGUCACCUUAAACAGGAAGAAGAACUAAGCCAGAAAUUUUAUGAGCAACAGGAUGAAGAUAUGCAACAAAACGAUACUGAUGAGAUGCUCACCGAACAAAUGGGAGUAGCUAAAGAAAAAGACUACCCUGAGGACCUCCAUGAUGAUGAGUUUAUGGAUGAUCUGUACGAUCUCGAGGUAACCCCAAGCGAGCCCCACCACGAAGAUAAUCUAAUAGCUCCACCUAAUUUCUAA